CCCAAAAGAGCAGCGAUGUCAGUGUCUGAAGAAAAUGCUAACAUCCGAGACCACCACCGCCGCUUGCUGGCGGCGAAAUACGAGCUAAGGCGGAACCUGUACAAGGCCCUCUGCAAGGACCCAAGCCUUCCCAGCGAUCUGCGCGAGGAGAACCGCUUCAAGCUCUCCAAGCUGCCCCGGAACAGCUCCUUCACCCGCGUCAGGAACCGCUGCAUCUUCUCCGGCCGCGCACGCGCCGUCUACGAGACCUUCCGUAUGUCCCGUAUCGUUUUCCGUGCUCUCGCCUCCAAAGGCAUGCUUAAUGGCGUUAAGAAAGCGUCUUGGUAGCCUCCCAAAACGAUUGCUGAUAAGACUGCAGAAGUCAGUAAAGUUCAUAUCUUACUGAUCGGAAUACGACAGACUGGUCAUUCCCUUCUACUUCUGGUUAUGGUAAAAAGUAUUACGUUUAUUGGUGUUGAAUAAAAGUUUUAGGCUUAACGAUUUGAAA